UCAAAAUUAAAAUUGCUAAUUGUAGUAGUUGAAAUAUAUUAGUUUUUAGCGUCUACAAAAAUGAAUUCAUUUGUUAAAUAUUGUCAGUUUAUUUACAAUUAAAAUUGUUUUUAGUAUAAUGAACAACAGUUAUGAUGGCAAUUCGUCAACAGUAUAUUUGACAUCAAUCGGAUAUAAUGGGAUUGAAAUAGCUUUUGAUAUUAAAAACAAUACUGAAGACUAUGUGAAUGAAACAUUGACAAAUUUUACAACAUCUGAAGUCGAGGAAGCAUUAUAUUUUUAUGGAAAAAAUGAACUUUCUUGGAUUACUAACAUAUUGGCAACGUCUAUAUACUUAGCUAUUGGCUUUUACAUAUUUGGAGUGUUAACAAUAGGAAUGCAAAAGCGUAUUGAUAAAAGAAAAACAAAGGAAAGCACUGCAAAACGAAUUGGCAAACUCAUGGUAAUAAUGAGAUAUAUAUUGACUAUUUGUUUUUUGAUAAACUGUCUUUCCAACCUUGUAGAAAAAUUCGUCGUAGAGAAAUAUGAACCACAAAUAUGUCCAGUGACAAAAUAUUCGAAAACUUUAUCAGGCGUAUUGGUGCUUUCUAUCAGUUAUUUUGUUCUAUGGUUGCGACAAAGACUGUUGUAUGAAAACAAAAACAUUGAACAUUUAACAACAGGUUUAUCCAGGGCAUUGAGUGUAGUUGUUUUGGUUUUCAUAUUGGCGACUGCUGUUGGCAACCCAACUGCUUAUAUAGCUGGAUAUCGUAUCGACAUGUCGCAAUAUGGUUGCGCUGUUGUUCAAUCAUGGUUACCAAAUGGGUCUAUGUGGAUUGGAUUCGCCGUAUGUUCUAUGGUAAUGCAAGCAACGUUACUGUAUCUUUUUCUGCAACCUUUGGUAAGACAUAGAAGAAACGUAGGCGGAGCCGCUGAUAAUUUGAUGCCUUAUUAAAACGUGCAUUUGCUUCAGCAUUGAUCUGCGCUAUAUCGGAUAUAGGUAUAUCCCUCACGAUUAUGUUCAUAAAGAACUCUUUAAUAUCUACCCAGCUAAUGCAAUUGAGCUUAUUAAUCAAUGUUUGUAUGGCAAUCGUUUCUUUUCCAAACUGGAAGGAAACAUUAUUUCCAUUUUACUACUCAUCUCCCAAGUCAGAAACAAAGACACAUCUUUACCAAUCCGACCCAGUUAGAAGUUCAAUAUGGAAUAUGGACAUGAUUAAGUUGCAAUUUUCCACGGUGAUCCCCGAAUUCACUAGAAGAAAAAGCUUCGGAGAUACGAAGAGUCAACGAAUCAAUACAUCAGAAUCUACGGUAUAACGCAAUCCAUAUAUUCCAUUAUAUUCCAUUGAAGGAUCUGCAACUAUUUUAUUCUUGAAUGCGCAUUCAAACAGGUGUAUUCAAUUUUAUUUUACUCCAUUUUUUUAAUAAAAAAUACGAAUUUGCUAUCCCAAUCGUUUGGAAAGGAAACAAUUAUCUUCAUUAGAUUAUUGCGAUUUGCGAGGAUGUUUUUAGUUAUAUUCACGCAUUUUUGUACACUGUGAAAAGUAUAUGCUAUUCUAAUUUUCAAAACAUCCCUGAUUUGUCGCAUUAACAAGGGUAUACUCUUACUCUUGCGUUACAAAUUUGUUCAAAUAUUUUGGAUUUCUCACUCUGCUAUUUGCCAAAUGACUGCUGUACCAUACAUAUUAUUUGCCAAGAUAUGGGCAUAAUGUAAUAAUAAAAAACAAGAAAGUUGUGAAUUAUGUGGUUUCACUUAUAACUUAAUAUAAUUUCUUCAUAUAUUUCCAAAUAAAAUUAAUAUUUUCACUUCGUGUUUCAAUCAUUUUUGUACUAUUUCAAUUUUAUAUAUGCAAAAUUAAUAAUAAAACUGAUUCUAUUCAAAGAUUAGAUUGAAACAUAAAAGGCACUUAUUGUCACGGGACGUCUUUUCAAUAGUAAUUGCUGAGAUAAAAACUUUAACCUUGGACUAAUCGAUUGAAAUCUUUAAAUUCAUUUUUCAGCCCAAAGUAAAUUUAGACCAAAUUAGAACUUGAUGCUUUCAAAAUAAAAACUUUAACGCUAUAUAUAUAUAUAUCAGAAUUAUUUUAAAAAUUUUAUUUGAAUUAAUAAAAUGCAAUAAAAUGGCUCAA